AGAGGGAGAGAGGGUGUGAGCGAGAGAGGAAGAGAGAGAGAGAGAGAGAGAGAGAGAGAGAGAGAGGUGGCUAUGGACCGCCACCGUCCACUCUCGCUGUCGGCAAUGUAGGCUAACAGACCGACAACGUCCAUCCGGGACGCGCUGGGAAUAACGCGCAAGCGACUUUAUUAUUAUUAAGCUACAAUAAGAAACACUCCACGCCACAACUAAUUGUUGCUUUUUUGUGUGACGGGAAUCCAUCCCCGCAGGCUUGAAUUACAUCUCUGCAGCAUCCUUUGCAGAGUAGCCUCUGCUGCUGUGGAUUCCAUUUUUCCGGUGCCAUCAUCGACGGAACCGGAGACUGGGCUCACAAAUUUUGGGCUCACGGGACCAGCAGCGGAUCAUUUCAUUCAUCUUUGAGCACGGAGUAAAUAAUCGGGGUGUGUGGAAAAGUUUCUCCGGCCACGCACGAGCGACUUGUGCAUGGAUUUAGGUUGACGCGAAUAUUUGAAACGGCGUCUGGGAGCCUGAGGACUGGGCUGGUGUGCAGAUGAGGAUUACGAAGUCGUGCUGGCCAGACGCGGCACUGUUCACCUGGAAUACCUGAAGCUGUCCAAUGCCACGCUGCUGCAUCAACUUGUCGACACUGUUGCAUGUAUGCACAGCCUAAAUGUCGGCCCCUGUGGCCUGUUAAUUGUAGAUUAAUGUUUUAUAUAAGAUCGGAGGCUGUUGAUUUGUAUCUCUGAGUGCCACAUAAAAAAAAAAAAAACUCGCUGCAGCCGAAUUUCACGCUUCUGUCCCCGCAAGAGGAUGCAGCCCGAAGCGCAAUGAUGCACGGAACACGGAGGAUUUUCUGAUCAGGAUGACAUUUGGUUAAAAAAAGCAAACUCGUGGACCGAAAGGCAAAUUCAACUAUCUAGCCUUUUUAUUUUAUUUUAUUUUUGCGCGAAAAGCUGCACCGAAAUCUCACCUCUGCCGAACCAGACUUUCGAGUUUUCUAGAUUCGGUUCGGGGAGAUAUGGCCGCGAUUGCCAGCUCCCUGAUCCGGCAGAAACGCCAGGCGAGGGAGUCGAACAGUGACCGAGUCUCGACUUCGAAACGUCGCCCCAGCCCGAGCAAAGACCCCCGCUCUCUGUGCGAGAGGCACUUUCUUGGGGUCUUCAGCAAAGUCCGUUUCUGCAGCGGGAAGAAAAGACCUGUUCGGCGGCGACCAGAUGCACCCUCGAAACCUCCACAGGUGUCCCAUAAGGGCUGCAGGCUAGAGCCGCAGCUGAAAGGCAUCGUGACACGACUGUUCAGCCAGCAGGGCUUCUACCUGCAGAUGCAGCCGGAUGGAACCAUCGAUGGCAGCAAGGACGAGAACAGCGACAACACCCUGUUUAAUCUUAUUCCUGUGGGUCUGAGAGUGGUGGCCAUCCAGGGAGUGAAGAGUGGCUCCUACAUAGGCAUGAAUGGCGAAGGCAUGCUCUACAGCUCGGAAAUGUUCACGCCGGAGUGCAAGUUCAAGGAGUCCGUUUUCGAGAACUACUAUGUGAUCUACUCGUCCACUGUGUACCGCCAGCAGGAGUCGGGCCGGGCCUGGUUCCUCGGCCUGACCAAGGAGGGCCAAGUCAUGAAGGGCAACCGGGUCAAAAAGACUAAGCCCUCAUCCCACUUUGUGCCCAGGCCUAUCGAAGUGUGUAUGUACAGGGAGCCGUCACUGCAUGAAAUAGAGGAGAAGCACCGCUCCAGGAAGAGCUCAGGGACUCCCACCAUGAACGGAGGGAAAGCUGUCAAUCAGGAUUCCACAUAGCAGCGGGGGGAGGGGCUUCCCAUUGGGGGUGUGGUCUCAUCCUGACUCAGGGGGAUGGGCCAUAGGAAAACUCACCACCCCCUUCAAAUUCUGGAAACCAUCCCCUCUGAAAAAGAAGAGGGCGUUGCAACGAGGAGGAGCUAUAACUGUACAACUAAGACAUCAAAAAUAAAAACUGAACUCUUGCCUGUGAAAACCUUUUAGAUGAAUUAAUAUGAAACCAGAGGAUAUAUAUAUAUAUAUAUAUAUGUGUAUAGAUAUAUAUAUGAAAGACAAAACAUUUUCAAUCAGAACUUGACCAACAUUUUAUGCAAAAAAAAAGAAAAAGCUGUGAUAAACAAACAAAGAAAUGGUGGUCUCUCUUCACACAAAUACAAAUAUCUAUCAUUUCCAAUUUAUGCUGUGAAAAACAAGCUUUAAUACAUGUUCAAGUUUCAUACAAUGGUUUCUUUUCUAAAUGCUAUUGCACUCUCAUAAUGCUUUAUUGUGUUAAAGUUGUUAGUAUAAUAACUAUGACAUCAUCAUUUUUACUAAUUUGUAAUUUGUUGAACUAAUCAUCCAAGUUUUUAUCAUAGUUUUUCUGACUUUUCUUUUGACAUUUUUCGGUCUUUUAAAACCUAAAGAAAACCUUUCUUUUCCUCAAGUACUUUUAUUUUUUCCUUUUUCUAAUUUGAUAUUGAACGCACUGUCACACUACACCUCUGGUGUGAGGAAAGACUGAAUGUAUUUGAUAGUUCUCUGUGUUGGACUCCAAUGGAAACAGAGUGCUAAAGAGUGGGAUGUAAUUUACUCAGGUGUGUACGGUAAGUUAACUAAUGUGACUAUAGGAUGGAUAGGACUGUUUUGAAUAUUCCUGUAAGAGCUCUGAUUUGUUGUUCUGCUAUGGCAGGACAGGAUCGAUACAAGCAAUAUAGUAAUAACAAGCUUACAACACAUGUCUGUCGAUGGUGUGUUCGUUGGUGAAGAGAAUUUACAAAGAAUGUCAGAUUUAGUCGGGAAAAAGUCUGAAUCUGUGGUUCAAACGAAGCCUCAAUAAGUUUUAGGCAAAGAUUUGUAAGAAUUUGUCAAAAACAGCAAAAGUAUUAUUCUCUCCAAAGGCUGAGAGGAAGAUAAAGACCAGCAUCAGCACUAUGAGCCAUGGCCAAAAACGGUCAAAUCACAUUUGCACCUCAAGAAAUACAAAACUCUUUGCUAUAAGCUUGGCUAUAACAACAAAUGUUGAAGUAUAACGAUGACCAUAUGCAGGCUUUUGAACUAUAUGAACAAAUUGUGAAUUAAUCCUAAAUAAAAGAUUUUAGAAUGUUUUCGUAAGAGAGGGAAAGAUGAAAGCUAUUUUGGCAGGCCAUGGCAGUGAAGACGUGUUGACUAUUUUUUUUCAAGAAGUUCUUCAAUUUCUGUCACUUUUAUUUUGAAAGAAUUUCUCUUUUCUCAACACUGGUGGACAGGGUGCCUGACUGUUUGAUAUCCCACUGACCUGACAUAUUUUCCAUGUUAGGUCACAAUCAUUUUGACUUUCCCAUCAUAAUGAAAGCAGAACGUCUCAUUGAGGAACCAGUUAAUCUGGAUUAAGCCAGGUUUCGGGAGGAUGAAUUUAUCUUCCCAGUGAGAAUAUCUCACGGUGUGUUUUCUCUGACAUGGUAAUCCAUACCCCCUGGUUUUGUGACCCAUGAAAUGAGCCGUUCGCUGCAUUGUGGAGGAAAGCUUCCCUUUCAUAAAUCAACACACUGACAGGGCUGUAUAAACAAGGUGAAUUGACUGGUACACCGCGUAUGCCACUGUGUGUGCUGUGUAGCUCAUUCCUAAUCCCCAAUUAGUUUGUCUUACUCAGGAAGCCCUCCAAUUUUUCUGUGGAUGGAGCCAGACGUUAAGGCUUGGCUGCUCAUUGCCCAGCACCCGUUGCACAAAGCCUGGCCACCAGUGUGACAUUUAAAGAGGUCAGGGUGGGGUCAAUGGUGUUUUCAUUAUUACAGCUAUAUGUAAUGUACAGCGAAGCCCAGCCAGAUUAAAGAUGUGGAGGAAGGAAUAACUGGUGCCUAGACAAAGCAUGAUUAUAGCAUGACUGCAAGAGUUGAUGUAACAAAGGUUUUCAGAUGAGAGCUAAUAAAAGUUGGUUUUAAAUUUGGGGAAAAUAGGAACAAAACAUUUUUAUGCAAAGUUUUGAUCUGUUUAGUUCUGGAUGGAAAUCAUAUGCUAAGACAGCGGUAUGUACAUUAAAUAGCACACUUUCAGUUGCACAGAGCCAACCAUAGUGAUACAUUUUUAUGGAUCUGGGGCCUGGGUCCGUAGCUGGUGCAAGUAGCCUGCAGGAGCUAAAGGUAGAUUAUUUUACUUUCCCCAUCACCUACAGCAAAGCAGAGAUACAUACAGUAAUCUAGACAUGGCACUGAAAGUCAGCAGACAAGACCAGCAUAUAUAAGAAUCUUUUUAUAGAGGUUUAUAUUGGUGCAAAUGAGAUACAUGUGGACUUAAAAAAAAAAUGCAUGAAAUUGGAUGUACUCGAUGUCAACUGUUGACAGCAAAAUGCGAGGAUUUGAGAAAUAAAGCAAAGAGGUGAAAAUAGCUGAUGUGACAAAGCAGUAUAGAGGAGAGCACUUUCUGUGUGGGUUUAAUGAUGUAUGAAAGGAUGAGCGAAGGCUUUGGUUGAUUGUGAAAUUACGUAUAGUUUAUUAAUUUUAUGUUUGCAGAUGAUUUCCCUGCAUUGAAACACACUCAUAUAUGCAUUAUGAAUUGUGAAAUGAAAAAAAAAAUGCAUUGAUUAUAAAAAAAAAUCAGAAUGAAGUUAGUGAUUGUUUAAGAAUAAAGACUAUGUUACCAAAAACUUGAA